GAGAGCGCGCGCGCGAGAGAGAGAGAGCGCGAGAGGCGACGACGGGCAUCGGCAGCGCCGCAUUUCGUGGGAACACACAAUGCAUCUGAGGCUGACCGAGCGACUGGAAACUGUUUUUUACCGCGCUUUCCUAUUUUUGAUUCGCGUUUCUCUCCUGCGUUUAUUUAUUCAUUAAUUUAUUUAUUUGUGUUGCGUCUUGUCUUGUCUAUUUUUUUUUUUCGUCCUUCUUUUUCUUUUUACCCCCCCACCUCCUCCCUCUUCUUCUUCGUGUUCUUUCCCCCCCCCCCCUUCUUCCCAACCAGCAGCCUCUGACGCGCAAGGACACUACAGCAUCCAUCCACGGCAGGAACGCUCACACAGAGCAUCCUCUGUACAGGCGCACCAGCCGUUCUUCCUUCCUUCAUUCCUUCCUUUCUCUCUUACCUUCCUUCCUCCCACUCUCCUCCUCUCUCUUUUUUCCCCCCCCUCCUCCUCUCUUGUUUCUGUCGGAACCCAGAGGACAUCGGGAACCCUUGCUUAUACUUAACCCCCCUCUUCCUCUCCACCCACCCACACACCCACUUUUUUCUCUCUCUUCCCCCCUCCGGCUCCCUCUCCUCUCCAACGGAGACAUGGAUCUAUGGUUUCGCUCGGUCCGGAUUUGCUGGUGGAGGGUUUUGCUUCUGAUGAGUGUUUUCCAGGACUACCUGAGCUCCAUGCUGGACUGCCCGCCGACCUGCAGCUGCUCUCAAACAGAGAUCUAUUGCAAUAAGUCCGACAGCGGCAGGUUCUUCCCGCUGCUCGCCCUGCAAGACACCGGCAGCAACGGGACCGGCGUGGAUAUCGCGGACUUAUUCAAAAACAUCACCUCCAUACACAUAGAGAACUGGACGGGAUUGCAGACUCUGAGGGACGUCGAUAUGGAGCUCUACACCGGACUACAGAGACUGACCAUCAUGAAUUGUAAUCUGCGGGUGAUCCAGCCUCGAGCCUUCGCUCAGAACCCACACCUGCGUUACAUAAACCUGUCGAAGAAUCCGCUAACCACCCUGUCAUGGCAGCUCUUCCAGCACCUCCAACUCUCCGAGCUACGUCUGGACGGCGUGGUGUUCGACUGCGGCUGCAGCAUCCGCUGGAUCCAGCUGUGGCAGGAGAAGGGAGAGGCGGGGCUGCACACGCAGCAGCUGUACUGCAGGGUCGGAGCCUCCAAGAUACGACUGAACAACAUGCACAUCAACGGCUGUGAAUUACCGGAGAUCAGCGUGAGCCACAGCAGUGUGUUGGUGACCGAGGGCGAAAACGUGACGGUGAGCUGCAACGGAUCCAGACUGCCGCUGCCUGAAGUGGACUGGAACGUCGGUGACCUGCAUUCCAUCAACACACACCUGUCGAACGUUUACUGGCCGGACAUCCAUUCCAUCAACUUGACGCUGUUCAACAUCAGCCGAGACGACAACAAUUUCCAGCUGACCUGCAUCGCCGAGAACCUGGUGGGGAUGACCAACUCGUCGAUCCAGCUGAAUGUCCAGUUUCCACCAGUGAUCAUGAGGCUGGCUGAGCCGGAGAAACGCCAUGACACCUGCAUCGAAUUCACAGUUCGCGGUUACCCGUACCCCAAACUGCGCUGGUUCCACAAGCAGACGGAGAUCAAGGAGAAUGACUUUAUCUGGACCGACAAGGAUACCUACCAGGACUACUUGGAGGGUUGUCUGUUGUUUAAAAACCCGACCCACCUCAAUAACGGCAACUACACUUUGGAGGCCAGCAAUCAUUUGGGAACAGUCACGAAGACGGUAUAUGGUCACUUCCUCAAAGACGAGAUAGACAUUGGCUCAGUGGAAAUAGGUGGGAUCCCUGAGGAUGAAACAGGGCGACCAGAAGAAGAUACAUUUGGGGUUACCAUCGCCGUGGGUCUGGCGGGCUUCGCUUGCGUCCUCCUCCUCGUCCUUUUUGUUCUCAUCAACAAGUACGGCCGACGCUCCAAAUUCGGUAUGAAAGGUCCCGUAGCCGUGAUCAGUGGUGAGGAAGACUCUGCCAGCCCUCUUCAUCACGUCAAUCACGGGAUCAUCACGCCGUGUACUCUGGAUGCGGGACCUGACGCGGUCGUCAUAGGAAUGACUCGCAUACCUGUGGUGGAAAAUCCCCAGUACUUUAGGCACGGACACAACUGCAACAAGCCGACCACUCUCGUGCAGCAUAUAAAGCGGAGAGACAUCAUCCUGAAGAGGGAGUUGGGUGAAGGGGCGUUCGGUAAAGUCUUCUUGGCAGAGUGUUACAACCUCAGCCCCACCAAGGACAAGAUGCUGGUGGCUGUCAAGACACUCAAAGAUCCCAACCUGUCAGCCAGGAAGGACUUCCAACGGGAAGCGGAGCUGCUCACCAACCUGCAGCACGACCACAUCGUCAAGUUCUACGGAGUGUGCGUGGACGGAGACCCGCUCAUCAUGGUGUUCGAAUACAUGAAGCAUGGAGACCUGAAUAAAUUCCUAAGAGCCCACGGCCCUGACGCCAUGAUCCUGGUGGACGGCCAGCCGCUGCAGUCCAAUGGAGAGCUGGGCCUUUCCCAGAUGCUGCACAUCGCUACCCAGAUCGCCUCAGGCAUGGUCUACCUGGCCUCCCAGCACUUUGUUCACAGAGAUCUGGCAACUCGCAACUGUCUGGUUGGAAACGGCCUUCUGGUCAAGAUUGGAGACUUCGGCAUGUCCAGGGAUAUCUACAGCAGCGACUACUACAGGGUUGGAGGACACACCAUGCUACCUAUCCGCUGGAUGCCCCCAGAGAGCAUCAUGUACAGGAAGUUCUCUACGGAAAGUGACGUCUGGAGCUUUGGGGUCAUCCUUUGGGAGAUCUUUACCUAUGGGAAGCAGCCUUGGUUUCAGCUGGGUAACAAUGAGGUUAUCGAGUGCAUAACCCAGGGCCGGGUACUGGAGAGGCCACGGAUCUGUCCCAAGGAGGUUUACGACAUCAUGCUGGGCUGCUGGCAGAGGGAACCGCAGCAGCGACUGAACAUUAAGGACAUCCAGAAGGUCCUGUUCGCCAUGGGAAAAGCCACCCCAGUCUACCUGGAUAUCCUGGGCUAGCAGCAGCCGCUCCCCCUCACCACACUCCCUCCCUCCCCAACCAACCCCCCCGUUCCCCGACAGACGGAAAACAUCGACAGAGGCAAAAACGAGACAAAGAGACCCCCACACGAAAAUAACCCAGGAAUAACCAAACCAACCUGAUCCACUGUCGAAAAACACCUGCUUUGUUUGGGAGGGACUUAAGUGCCUGCAACACUUUUGGAUAUAGUGGAUUAAAACAUAUUAAAAAAAAAAAAAAGAGAGAAAAAAAACACGCACUUUUACAUUUUGUUUACUUGCGCAUAAGAUGUACAUGUUUGAAGAAAUUUUUUUUUCCCCUUGGGGGAGGGAGAGAAAAAAAACUGCAAAAAUCACACAGACAUUGAGAAAGGGAACCGGGCUGGCAACAGGAAAACGGCUGCAGCUUGAUACGAUGGAGAGAAUACAUCAGAGUUUAAAAUCUAUCCUGGGUUUGGUUUUAUGAAUAUAUAUAGAAAUAUUACAUAUAUUUUAUAUUUAUUUCUUUUUCAAGGUCGGUCGAGGUGUUAAAGGGUCGGCCAUUUUUCGUCGCCAAGGGCUUGGCCCCUGUCCGAAGUCGAAACCAACAAACUCCUGGCAGGGACUAGAGAUGAGGAAGCCUUACACGCUCUCUGAUUGGCCGGCUCCGAGCUUUCAAAGAGAAACUGUGGAGCAACACUGGCUGCUCGGAGAAAACGCUGUGCUCUGUAGAGGACCUAUCCAAUCAGACAACUGACAAAAUCUAUUUUAAUUUAAAAAAUAAUGUACAUAUUGUAAAAUUCUACGUGUCAGAAUUGUGUUAACUUAUUUUUUCCUGAUUUUACUUUGGUUCCUGUUCCUGACUGUGACUAAAGCGUCGCGCUACGGUCCUCGUUUUCAUCCCGAUUCCGUGGAGAAUUUCUCUCGGGGAUUUUGACCCGCGUCAGCCGCCGGUCGAGUUGCUGAACGUGGCGACGGCGAACCCAGUUCAAACGGGCCCACUGACGACGCAUCGCACAGACUGCGGAGAGCGCGGGAUGACUCAGAGCCAUGCUUCACGUACCGGAGGCGCUGAAGCCUCGCCUUUACGUUCCACUUCGUUUGCUUUUUAAAGCAAGGAUAAUGAGUUCAGUAAUCCGUCACGCCACAACCCUGAAACACAAACACAGGCUUUGUCACGUUCAAGCAGUUUUUUGGUGUGAAACUGCUAAAGAAAACAUUUCUGUAAGUCCGACCACAUCCAUGUUUUGGUAUCUUUAAAGGAGCAGUUUGACGUUUUGUAAAAUAUGGCUUUCUUACUGCGAGGCCCAUAACGUUGCCAGUCAGUCAAGUUAGCUUAGCUUAAAGUCAUCAACAGGAGAACCGGUCUCUGAAACUGGUUAAUAUUAACCACAUUAUUUGGGAUUUCUUACUGCAGUCAGAUUUAGAUUUUUUUUUUAUGUUUUUGAAUUGUUUUCUUGUCUUCUCACAAAAAAAACUAGGAUUGAAAUUAUGAAAAUGGAAUUACAUUAAUCUUCCUUUUGUUUCAUUAACAUCUUAAAAUAAAUGAUCUAAUUUUUCUAAAUGUCAAAGCUGUAUAGAAUACCGGUACAGUCAGAGUAAGCUUUACCCCAAACAUAAAAAAAUUAAUAUUUAUAAUCAUACUUUUUUUUUAAUUUUAAUUUCUAGAGAAAUAAAAAUGUGUAUAUGAGUUUUCCCUGUCUGCAUAACAACUUUGCAAUCUAUGUUUGUGAAUAACCUUGUUUUAAAAAUAUACCUUUUAUCUGAGUGGACAAGAUCUCAGAGUCAGAGCUAUGCUAUGCUAUGCUAGCGCAAUGCAGCGUUGAAAUCUGGAAUGUUCUAACUUUGAGUUUAGAGGGACCCAAAACUUUGGUCAAUCCAGAAUAUUUUUUUUUUAGCAUUUUAGAAAAAUGGAUUAAAACUAUAGGAACAGUACGUUGAGAACUUGAAUUGUUUUGGAGGCCGUAUGUUUUCAAAACCUUGGUAAGCGACGCCUCUUAUCUAAUAUCUUAAAUUAGUAACGUCAGGUUACUGACUGCAACACAUUUUAAUGGUUUUCUGACUUGAAACUGGAAAACGGUAACAGUGAAUGUGACAUAAUUCCCAGACGUCUUAGAAUACCUCCCAAAAAAUGUAUUGGAAACCGAGGUGGAAAAUAAACCCAGAUUUUAUUGGUGUCUACUCUAAACAGCAUCAUUUUCUUUGUUCCAUUUUGUUAAUUCUGUUUAAAGUUCUGAGUGUUGCAUCAACUAGGAUUAGUUUCAAUGACGUCUAAAUGGAUUUGAAUGUUAUUCAAGGCUGGUUGGAAAGUAUUUAUCCUGUUUUUAGACUUUGAGCUAAGCUUAUGUGUCUCUGGCGCAAUCUGCAUUUUGACUAAAUACUCACAGCUGUACCAUUCCUCUCUCUUUUCUUAGCAAGAAAGCAAAUAGGCAUAAUACUUUGAAACUGAAACUACAGAGUUUACUGGUUGAUAACAUCCAGAUCUUGAUACAUUACUGUCCAAAAAAAGAAACUGCAUCAUGUUUUUUAUGAUACAGCUAUAUUUUCCAUCAGCUAUUCCUGUGUGGUGACUAUUUUUACACCUGCUGUAUCUGACAGAGAAGCCUCUUCUGUUGCUAUUAUAUCACAAAGCAUCAACUGAUACCAAAUCAGCUGAUUGUUGUUGAUGAAGUUUGAUCAUUUGUCUUAAAUGAACCUGGUAGUAUAAAAAGUUUUCUUCCUGAAAGAGGAGGCUGGGAAAAAACACACACACGAAAUCUACAUUAAGAUCAAAAUGAGAUUAAUUUUGAAGGUUGAGCUUCAAAAGAAACAUGCUUAGUUUUGAAUUUGAAUUCGUUUUUUUCACAUCCUGGAGAUUUCAAUCUGAACCACGAACCUCAGGCAACCGUUCUGUUUCACGUUGUGUCUGAAUAUAUAGCAGUUCUGUGUGGAUCUCUUUACACUCCUUUCUUUUCAUCGCGACACGACUUCUCACAGCGUCACUGUGUUCGUCUCCGUUCUCCUUUGGGACUAUGUAAAGCAUUAAUGACCAUUCAGUUACUCCAUGUGUUUUUUAUAUGACAAGCGGGAUCAAAUCCAUCGAGUUACCCAAAGUAUUGAGUUUUUGUGUAUUCUCUUGUGGUAAAGAUAAACGCUUAAAGACAUUAUGACACCGACCGUGAGCAUUUGCAGGGUAUUGUAAUCCUUUCAUGGUGAGUUAUAUAUUGUUUAAUAUGUUUUUCUUUUUUCUUCUUCUUCUUCUUGGAUGAACUAACUGAACACUUUUUGAAGCAAAGUUGGCAUAUUACCAUGUACACAUGUUACAGAAUAUAAAAAUGUGGUAUAACGACUGCAGUAUAUAAAAUACUGGUAUUCCAUGAUAGAUCUUUGUAUUAAUGUGACUCUCUUAAGAAAAUGUCUUCAAACAAUCAGACGAUCUCCUUUUCCAUUUUGUCCUGUCUUAUAAAAACAUGUGAAUUUGAAA